UUCAAAGCAGUAUACAAUGUUUAGUUUAGAUUAGCUAAGGCCUGCGUAAGCAAUAAACAUGACAGUCAUAUGCCUAUCUCCCUAGGGGCUGAACCAUCAAGGUAAUCAUAGGAACAUAGCUAUCAUAUGUUCAACAGUGUCUCAUGAGCAUCAUCCAUGUAAUCAUACAUCCGGUUAAGUACACAGACAGUUAGGCCUCUGUUAUCAUGUGCUACUCUGAUAUUGAAAGAGUACAUACAUUCAGUAUUUUCCCAACACAAUGUAAAAGUCCUGCAUUGAAAAAGUAAAAAGUAGCUUACUCUAAGUACUCGUUAUGAAAAAUGUGUACUAAAUCUUACUGUACUUGAGUAAUGUACUCAGUUACAUUAGACCAUAUUAAUGCUUAUGCACAUUAAGUUGAAUAUAGCGUUGUGGGCCAGAGGUCAGCAAACACAUGGAUACCUGCUGGCUGCAACCUAAUGGUUAUUACGGAUAUAUGUUCAGUUGAACUAAGGUGCGUGCAGGUAUGAUAGGUGUCACUCCUGCACCCUGUAUUUUGCUUAUAAGCUUUCACUUGUUUACAGCCAACAAGGGAGCGGCUUUAUCCCUACUUUAUAUGCGGAAGUUCACCCCAGUUUAGAAAGUGCACAGCACGGCCUACUUUUCCAAAUGCUAUGGCUCAUGUGCGGAGAUAGAGAGAGGGGGGAGCCAGUGGGAGCCAGUUUUCCCUCUCAGGCUGCUGCUGCUUGCUGUGCCAAUGCGCAAACAGUCCCCGGCGUGGGAUAGGUCUCCCCAAAUUGAGGCUGCGCUCGACACGAUCAUGCGAUUGAAUGACGAGCGCGUCAUGCUCGUCUUCCUCCUCUCCUGCUCCGUGCGAUCAGUGGCUCUGUGUUCCGCAAUCCCCUGGGAUACUGUACCGCCCUCGAUGAGUCUGCUAUCGGCGUUUAGCUUAAACUGAAUGGCUUCCCAGAGCAAGGAAAAACCGGGAGAGAGAGAUCUGCGUCUCUUCCUUUGAACCAGCAUCAACUUCCCAGCGAGGGGACCUUUUGGUGGUGUGCCUAGGCGCACCAUGGCCCAGACCCUCCAGAUGGCGAUUCCAAACUUUGGCAACAAUGUUUUAGAGUGUCUGAAUGAACAGCGACUACAGGGCCUUUACUGCGAUGUCUCCGUGGUGGUCAAGGGCCAUGCCUUCAAGGCCCAUCGAGCUGUGCUGGCUGCUAGCAGUUCUUAUUUCCGUGACCUUUUCAGCAGCAGCAAUAACGGAGGUGGGAUCAGCAAUGAUACAAGCCCCACUGUGGUGGAGCUCCCGUCGGCCGUGCAGCCCCAGAGCUUCCAGCAGAUCUUGUCUUUCUGCUACACAGGCCGUCUCAGCAUGACGGUGGGGGACCAGUUCCUGCUCAUGUACACGGCCGGCUUCCUGCAGAUCCAACAGAUCAUGGAAAAAGGCACAGAGUUCUUUCUCAAGGUCUCCUCUCCAAGCUGCGACUCCCAGGGCCUUCACGCUGAGGAGGCCCCCCCCUCUGAGCCCCAGAGCCCUGUGACUCAGACCAGUAACAGUGCAGGCCGGCCUGCCUCCUGCCUGACGCCGCUGCCUCUGGUGUCCCGAGUGAAGACGGAGCAGCCAGCGAGCCAGCCGGAAGCAGCCGCCCCCUACUCUGUGGUCUGCACCCCUGUGGCCAAGCGGCUGUGGGAGGGGGGCAGCAGCGGGGUCGGCUCAGGGGGAGGAGGCGGGGCUAGGAAAGCAGCCCGUUAUUCCCAGGAGGCAGUGCGGGGUAGUGCCAUUCAGAGCCCCGGAGCCCUGGGACUGGCCAUGGGUAUGGGGGCCAACGUAACCAGCCUGGCCGGCAUGGUGGCCGGGGGCGGGCUCAGUGGCAGCACUGGGACCAAUGGGAGCUACGCAGCGGGCCUCGGCGUGUCAGAGGGGGCCAGUCCCGGCACCCUCAGCACCUACGCCAGCGACUCACCCAUCAGCUAUCACGAUGAUGAAGAAGAGGAAGAGGCGACAGACGAAUGUGCUGAAGAGCAGUAUAGGCAAAUCUGCAACAUGUAUACCAUGUACAGCAUGCUCAACAUGGGCGCCGCAGCUGGUGAGCGUGUUGAGGCUCUACCAGACCACACAGAGACUCGGGGUCGAAUGCGAGGCAGAGACCUCACAUGUCUGCCUGCAGAACUCGUCGCUCAGAUAGGCAACCGCUGUCAUCCCAAACUGUACGAGGAAGGAGACCCCGCUGAGAAACUGGAGUUAGUCUCAGGUACUUCUGUGUAUAUAUCGCGAGCCCAGCUAAUGAACUGUCACGUGAGCGCAGGGACCAGACACAAGGUGCUGCUGAGGAGGCUGCUGGCCGCCUUCUUUGACAGGAACACUCUGGCUAACAGCUGUGGAACAGGCAUCCGCUCGUCCACCAACGACCCGAGCCGCAAGCCGCUGGACAACAGAGUUCUGCACGCGGUCAAAUUUUAUUGCCAGAACUUUGCCACGAGCUUCAAAGAGAGCGAGAUGAAUGCCAUCGCAGCGGACAUGUGCACCAACGCCCGCCGCGUGGUCCGUAAGAGCUGGAUCCCCAAGCUGAAACUACUGAUGGCCGAGAGCGACGCCUACACCGCCUUCCUUCCCGACGGAGUCAAGAUGGAGGACACCUUGGGGGCGGACCCAGCCUUCGACCCAACCUCCCUGGAGGCUGCCGGCGGGGCCGGCAUGGAGUCAGGUGGCUCUUCAGGUGAAUCGCUACCAGGUGUAGGCGGGGAAGGAGGAGCCUUAUUUUGA